UGGUCUGAGUUGACUGGCCGAGGUCGGUUGACGCUGCGUUACGUAACGCUGCGUCACGUCACGUCACGCGGCCGCUGCUGCUGCUGACAUGGAAGCCACCACGCGUCUCUGAAAACCCCGGGAAACUCCGAAAAAACCCUCGGAAAAACCAUAAUUUUAAACCGUGAACAUCACAUACAGCGUGACAUCAUCCGGAGUUUUGCAAAAGUAAAACGUCUCAAAAUGUGCGAUUCAAAUAUGGAAUAGAACAGGAAUUUGUAACACAAAUAUAACAACUCAGCAAUAGAUACCAAAAACGGGAUUUGACAGUUUCAAAGUUACAGGAAGUUCGAUUUUCAACAAGUAGUGGUAUUCAACAGGUGUGGAGCAACGCUGAUAAUGUGCGGUUCCGUCAUUAUGUCGUAUACAGGGAUCUUUUCAUAGAUCAUUUGAUCAUUUCUUAUCAUUGUUCAUAUUCAUGAUUAGGUAGUAAUCAUUCUCAUCAAGUCAUCCUUCAUCGACCAUUAUUUUAAGGAUAACUAUCAUAUAACAGAAGACAGUCACAGGUCGCAAACUAGUAGUAUUCAACAGGUUGAAAGUUGCUGGGGAAUAGUUGGAUUUGAAAACUAUCCAAUACAUGCUAAAACAGCUAAUGAUUUGGUAAUUUUUUAAGGGUUUUGGAAAUAAAUAUACAAGUGGAAUAACAGAUAAGUGUGAGAAUAGUAGUUCCAUUGAUCGAUUGGUUGGUAUUUGACUAUUGAAAAAUAACUGGAAAAACUGGAACUGGUAAUGGAAAUUGCAAAGUAACACUGGAGAGCUAGUAACUGAUAGUCUGAUAAGCAUGAUAUUGGAAUACUAAUACUAAUCAGUGAAGAUUCAAAAAACAAUUGAGUGAUAAGUUGAUCACCUCAAAUAUAGUAUUGUUUGCAAACAUCAGGGGUGGAAAGGUAAGGCUACAAGCUAUUCCCACAACUACAUUCUUGACUACAAUAGUAAGCUAUCCACUGGAAUGGAUACGAAGUAAGCAGUGAAUAAAAUUGCAAAAAUCGGCCUACAUUUGGAAGAGAAAUAACAACUUCAAUUGGAUACUUUAUAAAAACCUAUAACCAUUGUUGGCAUUAAAUAUUAAGAAGAUAGUCCUAAAUAUAAGAGUAUACGAGCCAAGUGCAGUACAAAUUAUAGAAACAAGAUAGAAUUAGAUGAAAUAAGGUAAAACAUAUUAUGUGGUUACCAUGAAGGUAGAGAGCAGGUUCAAUUCAUGAGUGAAGAAGAGGAUUUCUGUAUAAAUGUGCAAUUGAAAGUAUAGAACAAGUAUAAGUUGGAACUAUUUCCAUAGAAAUAUCCAGAUGCUAAUGAUGAGAAGUUCAAGAAACCCAUUUAAAUAAUAUAGAAUGCUUAAAAAAUGGUAAGAAUUGCUACACAAGUAAAGUAAACAAUAACUUCAAGAAUGCAGGAGAAUAAUAUUGCGGUAUAAGCAGUUAUAGUGGAACCUGUGAUAGCAGAUCAGAUCAAAGCAGAAAAUGGUAGUACUGAAACUUGAAUAAAUACAGUGAAAAUCGUUAAUAUACAGGAAUUUUGAAUCGGAUGAAACUCAACAGUGGGGAAUCAACAAGUGGAUUCUCUCACACCAGUUAUCACAGCUACAGUUUUUUACCCUUUUAACAGUUUGGAUUUUGAGUGAAUUGAAGGGGAACUUUAAGAAGUGAUAGAAUGUCAAGUUCAGAAAAAAAAGAAUCAGCGCCAGUGGAGGAGGCUACUAUUGAGGAGCAAAAUACGGCUGCAAGUGGGAAUGACCAAAAUGCCGGUUCCUCUGGAGGAGGCAAAAGCUCUGCUACAUCCUCAGAUAAGGAGAAAAAAGGAAAGGCACAUGUCAUCCACAUACAAUUACCUGAUCUGAGCAGAGCCGAUGUGGUGUUGGAAUGGAUGCGCCUAAACAUCCUACUGGUGCUAACCAUAGGUGGGGUGGUGCUGGGAAUGCUGCUGGGCUUCAUAGGGCGAUUGGCUCAGUUGGAGGAUGACACCAUUAUGCUCAUCUCAUUUCCGGGGGAGAUUCUCAUGCGGCUCCUCAAAAUGUUCAUUCUGCCGCUUAUCAUAUCAUCACUAAUAGCAGGCAUGGCCCAGCUGGACGCGCGCUCGUCAGGGCGCAUGGGCGUGCGUGCGCUGGUCUACUACUUCACAACGACCAUAAUGGCGGCCAUCGUGGGCAUCAUCCUGGUGCUCAUCAUCCACCCGGGCAAUCCGCACAUCAAGGCUAACAUGGCACGGCCUGCCGACCACACCAAGGUCUCCACUCUCGACGCCAUAUUGGACAUCAUCAGGAAUAUGUUCCCCGACAAUUUGGUUCAAGCAUGCUUUCAACAGGUUCAAACAACAUACAAAAUGAUAAACACACCUGCUGUAAAUGAGCUUGAAAGCAACAAUACAGUGCAAUUCAAAAAAGAGCUUGUUUAUAAGGAUGGAACCAAUGUUAUGGGUAUGAUUGUGUUCUGCUUGGCAUUCGGCCUGCUGGCUGGUCAGAUGGGCAACAGAGGGAAGCUGAUGGUCGACUUCUUUGUAGUUCUCAACGAUAUCAUCAUGAAAUUGGUUGGAGUCGUCAUGUGGUACUCUCCGUUCGGCAUAAUGUGCCUGAUAGCUGGCAAGAUCAUGGGCAUCGCGAACCUGGCAUCAACCGCCCAACAGCUGGGCAUGUACAUGGUGACCGUGAUUGUGGGCCUGCUCAUACAUGCAGUCUGCACUCUGCCCACUAUCUACUUCCUCAUCACUCGCAAAAAUCCGGCCUUGUUCUUCAGGGGAAUGUUGCAGGCCUGGGUCACUGCUCUGGGAACUGCUUCCAGCGCGGCCACCCUUCCAGUGACGUUCCAGUGCCUGGAGGGCGAACUGGAGCUCGACUCCCGGGUGACCCGGUUCGUGGUGUCGGUGGGAGCCACUGUCAACAUGGACGGCACUGCCCUUUACGAGGCGGUCGCCGCCAUUUUCAUCGCACAGAUGAAUGGCAUUCCGCUCGGAUUGGGCGAGGUUAUCACUGUCAGUUUAACAGCAACCUUGGCCAGUAUAGGAGCAGCAUCAAUUCCCAGCGCAGCUCUCAUCACAAUGCUACUGGUUCUAACAGCUCUGGGUUUGCCCACUUCCGAUGUUUCGCUGCUUUUUGCCGUUGACUGGCUGCUGGAUCGCAUAAGAACCUCGAUCAAUGUGUUGGGUGAUGGAUAUGGAGCCGCCAUAGUCUACCAUCUUUCUAAGGACGAACUGGAUAAAAUGGACGCGGAGAGGAAUGUGGAGAGAGAGGGGGAGAAUGGCGAAGGAACAAGGAGAGAAGUAGUACUCAACAUGGAGUGCGAUCCUGUGUCCAAGUCCAUCAUUGAAAAUCCCAUACAAAGUCAGCAUCAUGCUAUGGUUACAGAGCUAAAAAUGUAAACGCAUGAAGAAAAAGAUCCCGAUUUAUUUGAUGAAAAAGUCGUUUUUAAAGCAUUUUUCAAAAGAAAAACAUGUAUUUUUGGAGAACCACGUACCAUACCGUACUUUAUAAUACAGUUGUAAGAUCAUUAUGAUUCAAAAACAUGAAAACAUAAUUUUAUAGUAGCCUAUUAAUUCCCCCAUCAAUCUUUUUUUUUAAGUAGCAUUAUAUUUCAGUACGGUGUACUGUUGUGUGAUUAUUAUUGCCAAAGAUUAUAAUAUUGUUUCAAAACAGCUAAAUAUUGAUAAAAUAACAUUGAAUAUUAUCACUUUGUAGAAUGUCCUAAGCUACAGGCCUAAUUUUUAAAGCACAUUAAUAACCUGUAUUCGAAUAGAUAAGGCCUAAUGUUUUGAGGCUUCUUUGAAAACCUCUUUUCAAACAAAUCUUAAUCAACCUAUAGUCUACUGUUUGUCUUUUAGUCAACUCAAAUAAAAAAUUACAGUUUUCAGGAUAGAAGGGGAGAAAAUAUAUAAUGUCAGCAACCAAAUUCCUAAAGAAAGUGAUAUAUGUUGAUAGUGAAUCAAGGGGAUCAAAUCCAAGAAAACCACAUGAAAAACGUACCGUAUGCUAUUCAUUUCUACAACCAUUUAUUAUUUAUAAAGAACUCUUGCAGCUUGUGAAACAAUGAUCUAGGCAUCUAUAUAGUACCUAUUUGAAUGUAGGUGAUAGAAAAAUAUCAAUAUUUUUAGAGCUAGUUUUGGGCUGCGAAAUAAUUGAAAUUUUGAUUGCAUUUUAAUAAAUAACUUUACCACUAAUAUAUAUCUGCAAAGCAUGCCUAUGUAGCUUCUAUAAUAUUUUACCCGGUCUAUAAAAUAAAGUAGUCUAGUGUAGUAGAGAAGUAAUUAUUGUAAAAUCUUUAAAUGAUGCUGUGUUCCCGUAGAUCUUAGAACUGAAGAUUGUUUUCUUCUCACAAUUUAUCAUGUUCUAUUCUCAUCAACUAACCCCAAACAAGAAUUCGUCAACCUGUUUCUAUAUUUAAGACACUUUUGCUUACCCUAUUUAUUCUCUGCAACAGUUCAUCAGCAGCAUUUCAACGCACAAAGCGUAUUUCCUCUGUGAAAUAUUUACAAAAUUUGGAUACUAUCCGACAAUAUUCUAGUCGGGUAAUUAUUAUUGAGUAUUCACCCAAAUAUUACUGACAGGUUUAUCUAGAUAUUUACUUUUGAAAUUAUACUACUGUAACUGAAACUGAAUGUGUUCAAUUUAUACUCUACAAUUUUUUAGCCUACCGUAUACUAUUUUAUCACAAGUUCAGCAGAUUAUCAAAAUACUGAUUCUAAUAAUAUACAAGUUCAAGAACUCACAGACUGUUAUAAAUUCGAGCUUACAAUGUGUUUUGAAAUAAGAAGGGGCCAUUUUCUUAGGAGAGAAAAUAGUUAGAUUUGGAUAAAUAUAGAGGAAAGUUUACCAAAAUUAGUAGAUAAUUAGCUAUUCAAAAAUUCAGUAAUAUUCUUGUAGCAUAUUUAGUUAAAAUGGAGAGGAACUCGAAAAAUGUUUACAAGAGUUGUAAAAACAAUAAAAAGACAGUAUAGUGUUUGAGUAGAUACGGUAGUUUUCAAAAAUUUUAGGCUACUUCAAUUUUUUCUGGAUAGACAAUCUCUAUUGAGAUCUUAGCGAGAGCUUGAAGAAAUUAUGUACCGGUAAAUCAAAUAGAAAAUCAGUGAUUUGACAAUAAACUAAUGCAUUUACAAUAGAAGACUUUGUACGUUCACCUUUUAUAAUUACUUGGAUUAUAUAACUCAAAAAGGAUUAACGAUAUCAGUUUCGAAGAAUUUUUGUGCCAAUUGGAAGGUUCAAAGUCGAUAUGGAGAAAGUACGGUAUAAUGGGAAAAAUAAUAUUUUUAGUCUGGCCUACAUUUUUAUAUCAUGAGUUACACCCUAAAAACAAGGAAUGUUCAGAUUAUAAUAAUACCUAUACGCUACACCUCAUACUCCAAAUUAUAGUAUGCUCUAAAAUAUUAAUACUUACCACAAAUUCAAAUUACAUGUAGGAAAAGUGUUGGAUGUAUAAAUCUGAUAUAAAGCUAGAUCCCACCAAAUUACAUGAGUCACAAAAUUCCAUAUAUUCAAAAUAAUGCUUUUGUUUACUCAAGAAAUCACACAGUUCUCAGCUUUCUAUAAUAAAAUAUGAAAGCAUAUCAUAAAAAUUAUCAUCAAAUAGAACAUCUCAUAAGCAGUUUUCUGUCAUAGAAAUUUCAUUCAUCAAAUGAAUCUAAAACCCAAUUUUCUGCAAAAUCAAAAGAAAUAUCUCUUUAGAGUAUUCUACAAAAUUCAAUUUAUCAAUUUUGGAUUUAUCUUGAAUGAAAAACAUAUAUAAUCCUCAAUGAAUUGAUAAAAUAUUUCAUAAUAUUGCUGUAUUGUCUUAUAUAUUUUGACAGACUAUUUUUCACUUUUGGACCAUGUAGCCCUAGUAAUAAUCUCAUAAGAAAAUAAUAUCUAUAUUGAUGUACGUUAUUACAUGUGUGUUCAGUAGAGUUAAUGAUAACUUCACAUUACAUUCAAAGGUGUGAUUAAUAAAGAAGAUAAUUUAAGAUACCUAAUACUCUGAUGAACUCCCCUAAAAGUUUAUAGUUGGUUAAGAAUAAAUAGGUACUACUAGACAAAUUAUACUGUAUGCUUAUCAGCUUUGAAAUCGGAAUUUCUUUCCAUGAAUUGUAGCUUUAUUCCAUAGUAGUCUAUUUUGUAGACUAUUUGAAAUAGAGUAUUCUUUAAAAGUGAAUUUUCCAUUUCGAGAGAAUCAAAUAAACUCUUAAUAAAUUCCAAACAGAAUUUUUUAGAUAUACAUUCCAUCAGAAUUCGUUUCUAUUAUUGUAAUAUACAGUACAUAUUAUGUUUGCAGUGGAUAUCCCCUUAUCUCAUUUAAUUUUCCCCUUUGAUUCUUUUUUGUUUCAAUUUUCAUCACUUUUCCCUAUUUUAUGUUUAAUUUUUUCAGUUCUUUUAUUAUCGUUUCCGACUAUUUUUUCCAUAAGCAAUUCUACUUUGAUCAUCAGUAUUAUUUUUAUUUGUUUUAUUUAAUGCUUUGCACACCAUUAUUUUUUCAUUUCACGUUCCACUCUUAGACAUAAUUUUUCCUGAGUUUUUAUCUUCAUUUUAUCUUUAUGUUAAUGAUUUUCUUCUCGACCUUUUGUUGUCAAUUAUUUCACUAUAUUUUAUUCAGAGUUAUUAAUCAAGGAUUAGUUUCAAUUUACUAUGCACAUCUAAACAAUUAUAUGUAUUAUUAGUGUAACACUUACACUUGUAAGUGUAUUACAAACUAUACUCACUCCUAUUAUGAUAUUUAUAUUAUUCAAAAAACAUAUAUAAUAUUAGCUUAUAUAAUCAUAUCCUUUUAGAAGCAUUGUAGCAUGCAUGACUCAAUAUAUAUGAGUGUCGAAAUGUAGGGUAAUUCAUAAAAUAAAUAUCAUAAGUACAUUUAAGUCAGUGUUAUUUUGUGCUCCACAUGUUGAUAAAUAUUAUGAAAGUAAGUUGUAUGUUGUGUCUACUAAAUUAUGUAAUAUUAUUGAUAUUGAUAAUUCAUUCAAUGUUUAUGAUAAUAUUAUAGUCCUACUAUAAGUAGUGUUAUGAGUGAUUGUUGUUGUGUUUAUGUUUGUUAUAGUUUUAUACAUUGAUUGCCUAAUCAUCUCAUCAGGAAUUCUCUAUAGAUAUGUUAUUAUUAUAUUGAAAUAGUUUAUCAUUGCUUUCUAUAAAAUAAUCCUGUUAGUUAAUAAUCGAUAGUUGAAUUAUUUAAGUCAUUAGUUGAUUAAUUGAGGCGAUUAAUGAAAAUUGGUGUUAAUCAGAAUUCCGUAUUUAUUCAAUUGCUGAGUCCGAGUCGUCUAGUGAUUCGUGUAAAAAGUGUUUUUAAUAAUAAACUAUUUUAAAAAGUUGGGAA